AUGUUGAAGAACAUUCUCCUAUGGGCCGUCGUUGGCGUCGCCAGCGCUGCCCCUUCUAAACACUCUGGCCCCAAGAAUCAAUUGCAGGUUAAAACGUUUGUCAAUGGUGGCCAAUCUUUUGAUACCGUUUCGUCUCUCAUCAUUGGAUCGGAAGCAGCAGUCAUAUCUAACUUGCCUCUCGCUAUCCCACAAGCACAGAACCUUGCUGCAUGGGUUCGCAACACUACCAACAAGCCUCUAACCGCUGCCUUCAUCACCCAUUUUCACCCUGACCACUACCUCAGCGGUGCUGCCUUCUUCGAGCAGUUCCCUGACGUCCCUCUUUACGCCAACGCCAAGGCAAUUGGCCACAUGCAAAACGAAGUCGCCGACGUGUCCGUCUUCUGGGCCAACGUCUUCGGCAGAGAAAACAUCAGCGUGACCCCCCGUGUCCCCAUCCCCUACAACUACAGCUUCUUCACGCUCCCCGGUGACGAAGCCUCGCCCAUCCAGCUCCUCACUCCCGUUUCCAGUGACACCGUUGACGAAACCCUCUUCUGGAUCCCCUCCAUCUCCACCCUCAUCGCCGGUGACUCCGUCUUCGGCGCCUCCUUCCACGUCUGGGUCUCCGACCUGCUCACCCCCGCCCUCACCAGCGCCUGGCUCUCCACCCUCGACUUCAUCGAGAAGCUCAAGCCCAAGAUGAUCAUCCCCGGCCACUCCGUCACCAACAUUGGCUUCGGACCCUCGCGCGACCUCCAGCACACCCGCAAAUACCUCAGCUCUUUCCAGCGCCAGAUCGAAUCCAAGGGUCUCGACUUUUAUACCCCAGAGGAGAUUGUCGCCCUCUUUGACAAGGAAUUCCCCGGUGUUGCUCAGAACCCUCUUUCCACUACGCCCGCUCUCAUUCUCAACUUUACCGGCCAGGAGUUUGGUAGAGGUGGUAGCAGGUUUGCGCAUCACGUGGAUUUGAGGUCGUACGCGAAUGCGACUGAGCUUUCCGGGUGGAGGUUACAUUAG